AACCUUGACCUCGAUUAGUUACUAUGGCGAUGAACCCCGAUGACCUAAGUGAUUUAGAAGUUUUGGAUGAGAACACGAUCGUUCAGGCUCUCCGUACCAGAUAUAACAGAGACAAGUUUUAUACAUACAUUGGUGACAUCCUUGUAGCGGUCAAUCCAUGCAAACCCCUCAGCCUGUUUGAGGAGAAGCAUCAUGAGGAAUACACUGACUUGGUGUCCAGGACACAGCGCCCGCCGCACCUGUUCUGGAGCGCAGACCACGCCUACAGAGCUCUCUGUACUACCGGAAGGAACCAAUGUAUUCUUGUUAGUGGCGAAUCCGGGGCCGGAAAGACCGAAAGUACAAAAUAUAUGAUCCGCCACUUAAUGAGAAUCAGUCCGAGCGAUGACCAGCAAUUGCUCGACAAAAUAGUACAGAUAAAUCCCCUGUUAGAAGCUUUUGGAAAUGCCUCCACGAUAAUGAACGCCAAUUCAAGUCGUUUUGGAAAGUUUGUCGAGUUACACUACACAGAAAAUGGCCGCCUUUUAGGAGCCAAAAUAGAUGAUUACAUUCUUGAAAAGUCACGUGUAGUCCAUCGCUCCUCCGGUGAGAAAAAUUUCCAUGUGUUUUACGCUUUGUUCGCGGGUAUGUCACGUGAGCGACUCCUGUACUACUUUCUUGAAGACCCGGAUUGUCAUAGAAUCAUGCGCGACGAAGAUAUCCAAAAUGGGGUAUUCCUUGAUGCCGAGGAAUGGGAGCAUUACAAAGCAAUGUUUUCAUCCCUGACUACUGUGAUGUCACAGACUGGUUUCAGUGAGGAGCAUAUUCAAGUGAUUUUUCUAAUUCUGGCCGCUAUAUUACACCUUGCCAAUAUUGUGUUUAUGCCAAUAGAAGAAACUGAUGGUGUCUCCGUGGCGGAUGAAUAUCCUCUUCACGCUGUUGCUAAGUUACUAGGGAUAGAUGACGAAGUGGAACUCACAGAAGCAUUAAUUUCUAAUGUCAGCACUAUCAAAGGGGAGAAAAUUCAAUCAUGGAAGAGUUUACGAGAGGCAAAUGCUAGCCGAGAUGCUUUAGCGAAAGAUCUUUACUCGAGGCUGUUCGGAUGGAUUGUCGGCCAAAUCAACCGUAACAUCUGGCCAAAUCAGCGCCGCAAAAGCCAAUUAACAAGAGGAUCUUCCAUUGGAUUGCUGGAUCUAUCUGGAUUUGAGAAUUUUAAGCAAAAUGGUUUCGACCAAUUCCUUAUCAAUAUUUCCAAUGAGAAACUACAACAGUAUUUCAUGGAUUACAUAUUCCCCCGCGAGAGAAAGGAGUACGAGGCUGAAGGCAUAGAGUGGAGGGACAUCGUCUACCAUUGUAAUGAUGACGUUUUGGAUCUCUUGUUCAAACGUCCUGACGGUGUUCUGUCUUUGCUGGAUGAGGAAUCCCAUUUUCCACAGUCGAACGACUCCUCCUUGGUUCACAAACUCAACAAAUACUGCAAAGAGAGUACAAGAUAUGCAGCCGCUAUGGGAAGCCGAGUCGCUUUCGGAAUCAGACACUAUGCUGAGCAGGUGACGUAUGAGGCGGAAGGAUUUCUGGAGAGGAAUAGAGAUAGUUUGAGCCAAGACUUAGUCGGCUGUCUUCUGAAUAGCAACAAUAACUUUAUUAAAGAUCUCUUCACGGCCUCCAUAUCUGAAACUGGCACCAUAUCAGAUUUUGCAAGCAAGUGUGUAUCGCGACCUCGACUUCCGGCGGUUUGGCCCUCACAGAUUGACCCAGAGCGCCUUAGAAGAUCUCUCUCACGAAAGGUUUCCAAUCGAAUCAAAAAAAGCAGGGACCUAUCGGGUGAUAGCAGUAAAUAUUCCUCCCUAGGACGUGCCUCCCCCACGGUUACCAAGCACUUCAAGAGGUCACUGUCUGACUUGAUGACCAAGUUGUCACAGGCUGAGCCGUUAUUCGUCAGGUGUAUAAAACCCAACCAUAAUCACAUUUCUGGAAAAUUUGAUACGGAGUUGACUAGACGACAGUUGCUAUGCAAUGGUUUGAUGGAAAUAGCUGAGCUGAGGAGGGAAGGGUAUCCAGUGAGAGUUAGAUACGAAGAUUUUGUCAAAAGAUAUGCAGAACUGUGUCCACCAAUCCAAAACACCACCGAUGAUGUGUCCAUCUCGCUGGGCAUUCUAAAAGGAGCUGAUAUCGAAGGGUUUGGACUAGGCAGGUCCAAGAUUUUCCUAAAGUACUGGCAACAAGAUCGACUAGAAACAAAAUUAAGGAAUUUUAUUGAGGAAAAAGAGAGACAAAGACAAAUAGAGGCAGAGGCUAGAAGGAAGAAAUUAGAAUUGGAAGAGAAACAAAGACAAGAACGAGAAUUAGAGGACAAACGCAGACGACUCGAAGAGGAAGCGAGGUUGAAAAAAUCAGAAACAGAGUCCAAAGUUCGUAAAGUGUCAAGUAAAGAGCCCGGAACCAAAUUACAAAAACAAAACUCAAAAAUGUUUGAUACAGGCAUGCUUCAGAAUUCCACUCCAAAUGCUAUGCCUGUUAGGGGGUCACGUGAUAGCGGCUUAGAUUUUGAUGGAUCCAUGUAUAGAGAAGCAAUAUCUGAAAUAGACAGUACAGACGAGUAUUUAUCACGUGACUUUCAUACCGACUACUCAGGUCAUAGUCCCAGCGUGGCGGAUACUAUCGAUAUUGAUGACAGUGUUAGCAUGCAUCCAAAGAAAGUAGGAGCGAAUCAUUUCUGUGACGAUUCCCGAAGUUCAGAUCAGACGACAGUGAUUGAAGAAGACAAAGAGGAACCAGAGCAGUGGCGACCAUACGACAUUUUCCAAGUGUCCGAAAGAGAGUUUGAAGACGACGAUCACUUCUUCAAGGAGAUUCUGAAAGGCAUCCGAUUAAUCCUGUAUGUUUUCUUCGUCAUCAUCAUCAUUGCUUGUAUAGUCGCUAGCAAGUUAUCUCUCCUGCUGAUGACAUCAGGGAUAAAUAAGGAUGAAAAAACAAGAGGACACCAUCUAUUCUCCCUGCUCAUCUGUCUCUGUGGUCCUAUGGUGUUCAAUUGGUUCAUGGCUUUCAUGAAAAUUUUGUUUGGUGGAAAAGAAUGGCCAUCCAUGCAAACGUUUUUUGUCCUUUUGGUGAUUGAAGGACUACAGACAUUUGGACUGUGUCUUCUGCUUUUUAGAGUCUUACCAUCCACCGAUUUCUUCAGGGGGUUAAUUGUAACGUUUGCAGUUUGUCAAAUACCAAGUCUCUUAAAAGUUAUUGUACAUGAGAGACGGCCAAAUCUCAGUGUGAGCGAAAUUGUAGCUAUUAUUAUGAAUGUAGCAGCCUUUUUGGUCCAGGUCUCUGCGAUACCUUUCUUCUCCGUUGGUAAUUUUAUCAUGCAAGGAAACUACUCCAUUAAUGAGGCCUACAACGAGACUACUACCUUGAAAACAUCUGUGACUAUUAACCAGUCCUGUGACUGGGAGUUACCGUUGUCUCUUAUCUUGAUAUCAAUUGGUUGGUGGGAAAACUACGUUUCUGGAGAAUGGACAGUGUUUGGAAGAAUAACGAUACCAUUCAAACACUGGCGAUCAAUUCUACAAGACGUUAGAGAAACAUCAUACUUUCUGAUCGCACCGUUCAAAAUUGGUCUGGCUAUCCUAAUGGCACGCCUAAUUACCAAUAAUACAAAUUUUGUAAUCCUUGGCACCGAUGAGUUUAAUGCAACUACCAGCAAAUACUCAUCCAAGGCUGAAGAAAUCGGCGUUUCCUACAGCUUGCUCUUUAUACAGAUGGGAGCUGGGAUCAUUUGUACUUAUCUAGCUGGUCUAGCAUGCAAGCUGCACAUGCAGAGGACGGCAUUUUCCUUACCAUUGGUAAUGGGACCACCCAUUUCUUUGAUACUCAUAUUCUUUCAAUGCGAGUUUGAUUUCCUACCGAUCUACUGGCACACAGGAGGAUGGAUGUGUCCUAAAUCCAUGGAUAUAUACGCACUGAUGAUUCCAAUCAUUUGUGCAAUUCUGGUUUUGCUGUCUUACUGCAUCACAGUUUCACAUAUCUGGUUUCCACAAAGUGAAAGAAUGGCUAAAAUAGAAAAACUUUUUGUAACUCCACAUUUCGAAGGCAUCUUCCCAGAUUUCACCCUUACUCUUCGACGUCGACGAAACGAUAAGGAAGUGAAGCUGACCGGUUUCGACACUUUCCGCUACGUUGGCGAGGACGUAUACUACACUGACGACGUUUACAGUUCAUCAAACGUUACUCCUCAAGUCUAUGCAUGCGCUACCAUGUGGCACGAAACUCGACAAGAGAUGACACAACUGCUGAAAUCACUUUUCAGAUUGGAUUACGUUCACUGUGCAAGUAAACUCGCACAGGAAAAAUUCCGAAUUCAUGACCCAGACUUUUAUGACUUAGAAUUACACAUCAUUUUUGAUGAUGCAUUUGAAUUGGAUGAUACAGUUGAUAAAUGGGUCCCAAAUAUGUUUGUCCGUCAGCUUAUAGACUGCAUGGAAGAUGCUGCAAGGUCUGUUGUAAAAGGUCCAAUCUCCAUUCAACCCCCUGAGAAAACAGCGACACCUUACGGUGGUCGUCUGACUUGGAUCAUGCCUGGACACACACGUAUGGUGGUUCACAUGAAAGACAAAAACAAGAUGAGACACAGGAAGCGAUGGUCACAGUGUAUGUACCUGUACUAUCUUUUGGGAUACAAACUUUUUGGGUCCAGUGAAGCAGACAAAUACAUGACUGAAGAUAACGAGAGUUCAGUAACCAAGCUUAAGAACCGCAAGAAGAAGUCCAAGAAGAGCCAGCGCUCUCGCCCUCUUAGAUCCCUCUUUAUGAGAAUGAGCCCUGAGCAAUACGAACAAGCUGAAAACACUUUCAUGCUCACAUUGGAUGGUGACGUCGAUUUCAAACCAGAAUCUGUCCGUUUGCUGAUUGACAGGAUGAAGAAAAACAAAAAAGUUGGAGCAGUUUGUGGGAGAAUUCAUCCUAUUGGAUCAGGUCCUAUGGUUUGGUACCAGCAGUUUGAGUACGCUGUUGGUCACUGGCUUCAGAAGGCGGCGGAACACGUCUUUGGUUGCGUACUUUGUUGUCCUGGGUGCUUCAGUUUGUUCAGGGGAUCGGCUUUGAUGGACGACAACGUCAUGAAAAUGUAUACAACGAAACCCACAGAAGCCAGACACUACAUACAAUUUGAACAAGGUGAAGAUCGUUGGUUGUGUACACUGAUGCUUCAACAAGGACACAGAAUCGACUAUUGUGCAGGCGCAGAUGCCUUGACCUUUGCUCCUGAAACAUUUAAUGAGUUUUUCAAUCAGCGUCGUCGUUGGUCACCAUCAACCUUAGCUAACAUGAUGGACCUUCUAUCAUCCUGGCGAGAUACUGUCCGAAUAAACGACAAUAUUAGCCGGCCUUAUAUCAUGUACCAGUUUAUCCUGAUGGCGUCCACAAUUUUAGCACCCUCCACUGUCAUUUUGAUGGUCACUGGCUCUUAUCACUCAGUACUUCAUCUUACUAUCUGGCAGGGUUAUCUUCUCAGUAUACUUCCCGUGGUAGUGUAUCUGGUUAUCUGUAUGACGAUGAAGAGCGAUCAUCAAAUCACGGCAGCCGCUGUGAUAACAGCGCUGUAUACGGUCGUCAUGAUGAUCGCGACGAUUGGAACCAUUAUAAGUAUAGUUACUGAAAAUUUCGGAAGCCCUAACGUUGUAUUCUUGAGUGGUUUGGUGAUAAUAUUUGUGAUUGCUGGAAUUCUCCAUCCACAAGAGUUCUUCUGUCUUGUUUACGGACUAUUGUACUUCUUGACCGUACCAUCUACCUUUGUUUUGCUUACGGUUUAUUAUUUGUGUAACCUGAACAACGUGUCCUGGGGAACUCGAGAAACGCCGAAGAAACUAACAAAAGAAGAGGAAGAGGAACUUCAAAAGCAACAAGAAGAAAAAAAGAAGAAAAAGGAAAGUAAGAGCUUACUGAACCGCCUGGGUCUUACAAAUCUCAUCAGUGACGCUCGGGAACUAAUUCAAAAUUUCCUUGGUCAAAACGCUAAACAGAAAGCCACCAUUGAAACAAAAACAGAGGAAGUUCAAACAGAGGAAGAGAGCUUCCUUCUUCAAAGACAAAUGUCACGUGAUACACGCCAGUCGCGACAAUCGAAGGAAUCCCAAAGUACACCUAAAGUGGAAGUAGAUGUAGUUCCCCAAGGUUGGGAGCCCGAUCCCGAAAAUCCUUAUUGGACAACAAUGGAGGUAUUUGGUAAUGGUCCUGUCACACGCCUUGAAACGGAUGAAAUUGACUUCUGGAAAUUUAUGAUAAAAAAAUAUCUUCAUCCCUUAGACGAAGACAAGAGCCACAAAGAGAAAAUAAAGCAGGAUUUGAUUUCGCUGAAGAAUAAUGUUGUAUUUAUUUACUGCAUGAUUAAUUUCCUGUGGACCAUCAUUACAUUACAACUGCAAUCUAUGGAGGACGAACUUAAAAAUUUCUACAUCAUAAACAAGUAUGAACCGCUAUCCCUCAUGUUUCUUUCAAUCUUUGCGUUAUGUAUUGCACUGCAAUUCUUGAGUAUGUUUAUCCACCGCUGGGGCACCUUCCUUCAUCUUAUGUCAACCACGAGAAUUGAUUGGUUCAAAACCGUUCACACAGAAGAAGACUUUGUGCGCUUCGUUGUCAGCGAAGCUCAACGUUUACAGAGAAUGGAGCCCGAACCCGAUUAUGAUGAUCUGCCACCGGAUUAUGAUGAUGACAUGACGAAUCAGUCUGAACAAUAUGAUGAGUUGCCGUCCCUUCCGCCAACGCCUGGAUCCACGUACCGAACAUUCCAUAGAAAACAAUCGCGCAUGCCCAAAACCUCAAGAGAGCGAUACAGCUCUGAAACUCCUAUCCUUCAGCAAAUAUUUGAGGAUAGACUUGAAAAUAUUCACCGAAAAUGGAAGCAAGGUACACUUGCUUUCCGUCCGAAUCAUCGAUUCAGCAGAACUGACACACAUAGAUUUAGUGAGAAAGAAAAUCUUAUGAGACAAAAAAUGUUUAAACGAAGUUUCAAGCGGAUAAACAGUAAAGAUGCCCGUGGUUCAAACGAAAGUGUCGAUCACACUGUGGCGAUAGACAUGCUCUGAUAUUUACUUGUGUACUGAUAUCAGGGACACUAAGUUUCGUAGGGACUGUUCGUUGCAGGCGACGACUCUGUCCCUCUUCUACUAACGUUGCACGCAUUCAGUAGCUUAUCCUCGGACUCAGAAUGACGUCAUCAGCAAUAUCACCCUCUCUGGAAUUUAUUGCACUCUUGGGCUAGAAUGGAGGAAUCGAAUAGCUUACGUCUUAUCCGACAAUCAAAGCCAGUACUUUCACGAAAUUUGGGUUGUAUGGUUUUUCUUCGUAGUUUUCUUACCGUUAUUAACUGCCAUGUUUAAUUUAUUUAUAGUGUGUUUUUCUUUGUGAUUGUUUAUGAAAUACACCGUAUUCUUAUUGUCAGGAAAACUGUUAAUUUGUCAAAUGUUAACUUGUACCUGUAUACAAAUCAUUGUAUUAAUAACCAAUAAAUUAAAUCGAUAUAA